UUUUACAGUAUGAGAGAGGCGACUUUUUACUGCUAAAGGAUAGCUAAAAGCACACUUUUAUGUUUUCAGGCCAAAGAUCAUUCGGAAAUGCCAGAUCACCUUCAUUUGCCUGUUCCAGAUAUGGAGAACAGCAGUGAAGUUGCCAUCCUGGUCCCUCAGUUGCAACAGGAGACGGUCUUUGUACCCGACCGGGUGGCAACAGCCUCCAGUGCCCUGAUGGAACCUGUGGACGACGACCAGAUGCAGCAGAAACAGGCUGCGGACUCCCUCAUCCAGGUGAUCGAGAAGCUGAGCAAGAUCGUGGAGAAACGCCCGCGGCGAUGCACCCUGGCCGGGAAGAAGAGAGCCCUCCUGUCCCGUGCCUCGGUCAGACUCCCGGCGAGCAGCUUAGGCAAAGAAGGGGCCUCUCCUCGCAAGAUAGCCCGGGAGUCGGACGAAGAAGAGAUUGAGGAGGACAAUGACGAGAGCCGACCAGACAGCAGUGCCCCCGUUGGCAGCAGGAGGACCAUCACCUGUUACCAGUGCAGCCUGUGUCGGUUCCUGUCGCCCACGCUGAGCCUGCUGAAGGAGCACCUGCGGCAACACGACGAGCAGCACAGCGACCUGAUCCUCAUGUGCUCCGAGUGUCACUUCACCUCCAGGCGCCAGGAGGAGCUCGAGGCUCACGUCAGGCUCCACUUUGAAGGCAGCGACCCGAGCGCCAGCCCCUCCUCCGGCCAGGCGGUGGUUGGCGGUGGCGAGGGACGCUUCGGGCCGGGGAGCACGAUAGGUGCGGAGGACACCGUGGCCUUUGAAACGGCGUGCGCCGAGGAGGUCCCUGCUAAGAAGAAGUGGUACAGCUACGAGGAGUACGGGAUGUACCGCUGCCUGAUCUGCAGCUAUGUGUGCGGACAGCAGCGCAUGCUGAAGACCCACGCUUGGAAGCACGCCGGCCUGGUCGACUGCUCUUACCCCGUCUUCGAGGACGAGGCGGUGGCAACACCUUACAGACGCGAAGCCGCGGCCCCUGCCGCGCCCCUCCCGGCGGAAAACUGCGAAGACCUGGUGGUCCCGGAGAAGUCCCCGCGCCACCACAAGACGUCACCAUUUCACAUGGAACUCUGCCCCACCACGGCGGAGUGCGAGACUAAGCCCGAGGUGGUGCCGACCGUGGACGGAGCGUAUCCCUCGGGAGACUCGAAAGACCCUGCGGUUGAGGUGCAGGUGACCGCGGAGGUGGCGCUCACCAGCACCGCUGACAGCCUCCUGUCGUCGGCCCAGAAGAUCAUCAGCUGUAGCCCCAACGGCGCCGGCCACGUCAACGUCAUAGUGGAGCGUCUGCCCGGCGUGGAGGAGCAGGCAGCCCAGCCCAUCCCGUUGCUCCUCAGCCCGGAGGCGGACGAGCACAAGGACGAGCAGCGGGAGGUGGCCAUUGGUCGGGGGGGCGCAGAGCGGCAGCCGCCCCCUGCUGGGCCCCCGUCGGACGAGAAUGUUCCCCCGGUCCGCAGGAGGACCCACUCGGAGUCUCUCAGGCUGCACUCCCUGGCGGCCGAAGCACUAGUCACCAUGCCCAUGAGGACCCCGGAGCACGCCUCCGUCAAGAGUGCUGUCGGCCUGGGACCCAGGAGCCCCGACACAGGUCAGAGGCUACUGGAGGCGGCCGACCAAGCCUCUGUAGCUGGAGAGGAGAUGGCAGGAGGGGGUGGCAUGGCAGCGUCCCUGGAGGACCUAGAGCUCCAGGGGUAUAGGGAGGACGGGCUGCCAGAGGGCCCCACCAAAGCCGGCAUCAGCCUGUCCCUGCUGACUGUCAUCGAGCGUCUUCGGGAGCGCUCGGACCAGAACGCCUCGGACGAGGAUAUACUGAGGGAGCUCCAGGACAACGCCCAGAGUCAGCACGCCGGCGGUGGGGGCUUGGACCCAGGUGUCCCUGAUUUGGGUCUGGUGGAGUACAGCCCCGGCAGCGAGAGGCCCUACCGGUGUCGUCUGUGUCGCUACAGCAGCGGCAACAAGGGCUACAUUAAGCAGCACCUACGAGUACACCGCCAGAGACAGCCCUACGAGUGUCCCAUCUGUGAGCACAUCGCCCAGGACAGCAAGGACCUGGAGGGUCACAUGAUGAACCACUGCAAGACCAGGAAGUACCACUGCCAGCAGUGUGCCGAGGCCUUUAGUUACAAAAGUCAGCUAAGGAACCAUGAGAGAGACCAGCACGGUUUGAGCGACACCCCGGCAACACUUCCCCCCGUCACGGAAACCACAGCAACCACGGAGGAAUCGGAGAAGAUGACAGAUGACGACCCAAUCAGCUCGCAGAAGGUAUACAAAUGUGACGUUUGUGACUACACCAGCUCCACUUACGUCGGUGUUCGAAACCACAGGAGAAUCCACAACUCGGACAAGCCUUACAGGUGCUGCAGCUGUGAUUUCGCUACGACCAACAUGAACAGCCUAAAGAGCCACAUGAGAAGGCAUCCACAGGAGCACCAGGCUGUUCAGCUUCUGGAGCAAUACAGGUGUUCGCUGUGCGGCUAUGUGUGCAGUCACCCGCCCUCCCUGAAGUCCCACAUGUGGAAGCACGCCGGUGACCAGAACUACAACUACGAGCAAGUGAACCGGGCCAUCAACGAGGCCAUCUCCCAAAGCAGCCGCGUCCCCGUCGUCCAUCCGAAGGCCCCGGCGACGGGCGAGCCAUCGGCAGAGCGCUCGCCGGGUGUGAAGGAGAAGGACAGGCCCCCUGCGGACCCAGGGGCGUCGGCGGAGCUCUUCCAGUGGCCCUCCAGGGAGCCAGACGUCCCCGGGAAGGAGGCGUCCCCGGCCCAGGCGGCACGCGCAGGCAUGGAGUACUGCGUGCUGCUCUUUUGCUGCUGCAUCUGUGGCUUCGAGUCCACCAGCAAGGAGAGACUGAUGGAGCACAUGAAGGAGCACGAGGGAGACAUCAUCAGCAUCAUCCUGAACAAGCAGCAGGAGCAGCAGGCAGCUGCCACGCCAGCAGAGGGCGGCAUGGUGCAAUGAGAGCGCAUAACCCUCCGUAGCCCCCCACCCCCCGACUUAGAGCCAGUGCCAGGGAAAUGACGUCCCGGGGCAUCGUUAGUUGUUCAGCGUGUGAACUUGAUCUUACCAGGUUAGAAAAAGUAUAUCUGACGCAUACUGUCACGCGUUCGGCUACCUGGGGAUUGGGUGAAAUUUCACAGCGUCGCAGUAAUUUUACAUGUCGGCAUGUCAUUUCGGACGCGCUUAAUACCUCAGCAACCAGGAAAUGGAGCUUAAUCAGUUAACAUAAUUCUGACCACAGGGCAGCUUCUCUGUUGAAAUACUGUACUAUUAUUUAAUAUAUUUAAUACUUCACAUUUAUCUUUUCCUAGGUGGCACAUGCACUAGGCUUUAAAACAGAUGUGCCAACUAUGCAUGUUGUUUAUGUCGCUAUAUUCAAUGUGCUCAUAAUAUUUAUAAGCGUAGGCCUACGCUGGUUUUCCGUUAUGCUGACGCAAAGGACAAACUCAUUUAGUUUCCUUUUUAAGGACGUGUUGACCUUCACCUGACCUCUUGCGCGUGUUAGUUUUAAGUUAAGCAGCUCGAGGGCGGUCUUCAUUGUUCUACAUGUUCUAUCUUCAUCCGCCCCGUUACGGCUCAGAUGGGUUCCAUGCCUUGAGGCAAAAAUAGGUUAGGGAGUUUAAAAGGGAUAAUCAGUCAAUUAGGGUGCAUUGUAAUGUUUGUACUAUGCACAGGUGUCGCUGUCAAGAUGGUAAAUGGACUAUAUCAAAUGUUUGAUAGCAGCCAACACACUACUGUGUUUAGCAUAGGGUACAUGUAGUUACUUCAAAGAAAGUAUUUGUUCGGGUUAUGAUAAUCAAUUUUUAGGUUUUUGAGCUCAACUGCCAAGUUAUAUCACUUGAAUAUUUAAAGCGGUUUCCAAAGUUUCUUCAUAUAGCACUUGUAUAUAAUGGAUCGAAGGACUGAUAUUUUAGUAGAGAACAGUGUUUUAGUAUUCUAAGCCUGUACCUUCAUGAGAACAAAGGAUUGGCCUAGUCGGUUUAUUAGUAGGUUGUCUGUAAUCGGUACUGUUUUGACCAAAAGUUGAUAUGAACAGCUUUUUUAAAUGUUGUAGCCUCCUUGGCUACCUGUAGACUGACAUUGAACAGGUGUUUCUAUUGGUUUGGAUGGCUACCUCUGCUCAAAGUAUUUCCAAACUUCACUCACCUUUCCACUUAGUUUCACAGUUGGAACGUGCUUAGUAUGCAGAGCGGGACUUUGAAAUCAUUUGCAUGCCCUUACUGUUUUUAUGUCGACAGAUAGGAAUAGGAAAUUACAAUAACAUAAGAUGGCCAUCAUUCAUGGGAUUUCUGGAUUCCAGUUGAAUAACUCGGUAUAUCAAUGAAAUUAAGUCUUCAUCGUCUGCACGCGUAAACUUCCGUUGUCAUAGCAGAUUAUUAUUUUUGUCUCAAGUUAAUUUACAAUUCAAAGUACUAGUGUCAGGAAGACAGUGACACCGGCUGCAUUUAAACUACACUUCAUUCCGCUUCUCCCAUGUACAUAGUUUGCAUUCGAAUGAGUGGCUCGGUUAAUUAAAAGUUGGAGACAUCCAAGCAGAACCUCCCGCUUAGCCUUGUCCACUUUCUGCUAUGAAUAACCUAUCAAGGUUUAUGGCAGCAGCUUCAGAUGAUUCUAUUCUAUUAGUGGACGUAGUCUAGUGUGGCUUCUUAUCUUUCUGGGAUCUUAAAAAGCAUCUUUACCUUGACAGUCCUGUACAGAGGGAGUACUCUGGGAAAUAUAAAUACAAUUGGUCUAACCUAAUGUACCUGGGUAUUUUUUUUUUAAAUCUACUUUUGGACCAAUAUUUUAGAUCCGAGAACUGAUGUGGGAAAGCUUCAGGGUUCGUUUUAGAUGUUCAUUUUACCUGUGCUGAGCUGGCUAAACUUGUCAUAACCGAGGGCCGGAGUUAUUGUCUCCACAGGGCAAAGCUUUGUUUUUCUUAUUUGCUCACUAUUUACACUGUCACAUGCUGGAACUUGAAAUCGUAGUUCCAGGACUAAAACUGUUCGACUCCUACCGGUGUAUACCAGCAUACAAGUGUUCAGUGCAUCUUGUCUGCUGGCUGGAUUGUAUACUUGCAAAGGUAUAUACUACAGAUAUUGGGUGCCUGCGAGCCCCAGGCAGCACCACUGAGGCACUCUUCAUUUCGAAGCAGUAUAUGUUCUUCCUCCACUGCGUCUCUGAGUUUGCAAACAUACGGAAAGCGUGCAUCCAGACCCCGCCCUGUUGACACAGGCCGAGAAGUUGUGGAAACCAAUUGUCAUUGGUUGCCUUGUUACCUGGUUAUUACUUACAGCUGUGGAAUGUUUGCUAACAAGUACAACUCAUUGGCUGACCCCUCUAUCAAUGACCUGGUGGGAAUCCUGUGGUCUUGCCUUCAAUAGGAUAUCGCCCGCAGUACUUCAAAGCGGUGAAGGUUCUCUAUGGCGUUGCCCUAAAAUAAGACUCUUUGUGUCCGUUUAUCUCUGUUGUGUAAACUUGGGAGAAAGGGAAAUGUCCUCCUUGGGGAAUGUGCCAUCUGAUGUGGGUUAUCUGAACACACACUAUAACUAACCAGCCCUUCACCCAUCAGGGACUCCUCUAGUCUUUUAGGGGCCCUUAGUAAAAUUUGAUUUCGGCCCGCAUCCUAGCGGUCGGGGGCCCUAAGUGACCACUUAUGCCUAGAACCGGCCGUGAAAAGUUUGUAGUGCGCUAUUUUGGUUGACCUAUUCAGCGUUCGUGCCUCCAAGUCUCUAAGACUCUCUCUAGUAGUCGUUAGCUAGCUGUUUGUCGUAGGCUGCGUUUGCGUGUGGGUGCUGUUUAGUGCCCAUUUGUUCCGAGUGAUGUUCCAAGGAGGUGCUGGGUGUUUCGGUCAAAGCAGAGUAGAGUCCACUGCCUCCAGAACACCCAACACCCAUGCCCCAUUGUGCAUCCUAACACUUACAGCUACUGUAACAUUGGUGUACAUACUUAGCUGAAACACUUUAGUAUUGCCAACUGACAUUUUUUAUAAUCUAUUUUUUAAGUAUAUUGUACAAAAAAACACUAAAUAUUUGAAAAAGAAAACAAAGAAAUCUGAGUCUUUUUUUGUUGUUAUUGUUGUUGCUACGAUGUGAGAAUAUGGGUGGCUUUUUAAAUCGACUAAUGUGUUCGAGGGAACUGUUUGUGUAAUUUUAUGAGGCACACUGACCUGCAUGCUUUUAAAGCCAAAGGAGAGGAGAAAACAAAAUGACUACAGUUUUUACACUGCCGACACUGUUCAUUGCUUAUCUUUUGGUUCUUUUCAAGAUCAUGUGGAAUGGUUAUGUUGGCCACAGAGUGAUGCUUGCUUUCUCUAUUUAUUUUUUUUGCGCAUCAUAGACAGUAUUAUGUCAUGACUUUUCUGGGUUAUUUUUGGUAAUAAAGACUUUGAACUGUU